AUGAACAGAGCUUUCAAUUUCGGCGACACUACCAUGUAUGUCAGUGCUUUGCUCAAGGGGAGAGGUUUGGAAGCAUCGGCAAGGUUUGUGGCUCCCAUUAGUGUCCACCUUCACGUCUACGAGUUCUGUGAUGGAGCACUUCUAGCAGGAGAGCUCAACGUAUACGUUUUCGGUGUUAGCCUGGAUGCCUUACUUGCUGGAGUUGAAGAGCUGGAGAUAAACGUCGAGAUAUGUAUCCACGAGGCUUUCGUCAAGGCGCUGGAGGUAGUGAAGUACAAUGGUGUUGGAACUAAGUUUCAAGAGAACGGGUUCUCGAUAUGCUUGGAGGAGUUUGAGUUUGAGAUGGAAGUGACUCAAAUGCCUUGCAAGCACGUCUUCCAUGGUGGCCGCCUCACUCAGUGGCUGGAGAGAAGUCAUCUUUGCCAACUCUGCCAUUAUGAGAUGGCCAUCUAA